ACCUCACCCACCAAACACCCCCGACACCCCCCACCAGUACAAGCUUCUGGCCCUUGACCUUAUCACCAUGUUGUCCAUGAACGCCCUCGUUGCGUCCGGCCUCUUGGCCGCAUUUGUUGGGCAAACAGCAAAUGCAUUCGUCAGUCCGAGCAUGCUGCACGGAGGAGUUACACCGCGCCCGGCUUCUUCUUCUUCCCACCUGCACUCGGUGAGGGCGGUCGGUGUGGGUGCCCUCCGCAUGGCUGAUGGAGACGGGGACGCCAUGAGUGCCGCCGAGGAAACGGCGAAGCGAUUGAAAGAACAGGCCGCCGCUCUCCGUGAAUCGGCAGCCGAAAGCGAGGCGGAGAUCCGGCCAGCAUCGGACAAGGCGGACGAGGUCACCGAAACGCCCGUCCCCGCAGUUCGGCCUGAGGACAUGCCUCCCAAGCAGAAGAUUUCUAACGACAUGCAGAAGCGCCUGAGGCAAGAACUUAUUUCUCAAGGCGCAGAUCCCAACAGGAGCGCGGGAAAUCCAAUCCUGGUCGUUGCGGGCAUCAUUGCUGUGCUGGUCAUCGUCGGUGGGCAGGGAAUCUUCUACUGAGCCAACGUCGUUGCACCACGCCGUGAGAAACAUGAAUCAAUGAGAACUUGAGGCAAUAAGAACCAUGGCGGGCAGCAACCACGACCGACUCCAGGAACGGACGCAGCUGGUGCUGGUGCUGGUGCUGGCGGAGCUAGACUCCUUGCAGCAGCGAUGGUUGGUUACGCUGUGUGCUCGGAAGUAUGGCUGGGUCAGUGGCGACAGGCCUUAAGAAUGUUGUUGAUUGUCUUGCCUCCACGUUAUGUUUGAAUUGGUCGAAUGAUUUGCCAGUGAUACGAGGGAGCGUUGGCGUUGAGCGUUCUGAUAUUGAAGGUCUGCAGUAGAGCUCGACCCUCUUUCCUGGUUCUUGGAAGGUGACUUGGAAGGUAGGUGUCUUUGAAUGAAGGUGUCAAGCGGACGCUACCAGAUCGCUGUACUAUUGUAGCCCUGUUGCGGCUGAAACACGCACCUUGCAUUUAGUAUGACUUGAUAUCGCCACCGGAAGUUCCUCGAAACUGGAUUGUGAUCAACUAGACGUUUACGUAGAAGUCAGUUUUCUUUUUGUGUACAUGGCAGUUUUCGAAUUGUCUUGUGUUGUUGUUGCGGCACAAACCCAAGCCUGCACGUCCUGAUAAAACCGUGGGUACUUUUGCAGCCUUGAGGGCGUAUCUCGCUAUAGAGAAGACACUUAGAGAUGCACAGUGUUUGGACGGGCUCGGCAGCAGAAGCAUGACAUUCUAUUCGUGCUUGAUUGUCCCCUGCGGGCUGUUGGGAAAGAGGAGCACGGUCGGUUAUUGUUUAGAGAAGCAGGUGCGGCAAACUUCGCGCCGCGUUGUUCAGGGGGAGUUGGUAGCGAUCAAUCAUGCUCUCAGCCCGACCAGGGAUACGAUAUCGAUUUUUUUAUAUUUUUGUGUCCUUGCUAGAAUACUGGUGUAGGACCGCGUAGUAAGUUCCACCCGCGAGAUUCGUCUAUUGCUACGGUGUGGGAGUGGUUUGUUUCGCGCUGGCGCGAUCGUGCCGGACAUUAAACCCUUCAGAAUGACGAGUCUUUUUUUAUUUUGCGCGACAUGCAUCAACCGAUGCUCUCCGCAAUCAGUCCUCCUGCAGUUGUCAGAAUUUAAUCAAGAGCCACCGGAGUUG